CCGGCUACAGCGCGAGGCACAGAUUGGCAGAUUCCCUUUUCGCCUUCCCCUGAGCCCGAUCGAGCAAACCAAUGGAGAAGCAAGCCGACAAGGCCGCGGCGCCGGCCGACGACGGCAUCCACGAGGAGCCGCCGGCCUCCGCCCAGAACGGGAGGCCCGGAUCCGAGCCGGCGGCCGCACCCGAGGUGGAGGUGCAGCUCUUCCGGCGGGGCCGGGGGCCGGUGGCCGUGUUCCGGUCGCCCCUGGGCGGGUACACGCAGGACCAGCUGGAGGUGGGGGACAUCCUGGAGAAGCACGGCCUCAAGUGCGUCUUCGCCUUCGACGCCGCCUCCCGCGCGCGCGGCGUCGCCAUCCGAUUCAACCCCCGCAACGGCCGCUCCCUCCUCCCCUACGCCGCCGACUCCACCAUCUUCCUCGACGGCGAGCCCAAGGAUCCUUUGCUGAAGCCCAUCACGAAGGUGAUGCUCACUGUCUGCGCCAUGACAGUGGUAGUUGCGGUGUUACUGAAGGAGGGGAAGAUGCCCGAGUGGCUUAAGGGAACUAAGCUGGGCAACCUGAAAUUCCCACCGUGGGUGCUGGCUUGCAUGGUCAUUGUCUUCAUGAGGCUCCGGAAGAGAACCAGGGAUGUCAUGAAGAAGAUUGGCUGGUCCUCGUGAGCAGGUUACUAAUGGCAAGCACACUUUUCGCCACUCCUUCCAGUUUGCCGUCAAUGUUGGAGAUGUACUGGGCAGUGACAUACUACAUGUAAAUGUUCAGAACAAAUACAUCUUAUUAUAGAUCACUUAUAUUUGACCUUAUGUUUAGCAUAUACACGACGCGGUUUGCCAGUGUGGCAUUUUUGCUUGUAGCAAGUGUGCAUGAAUAAAUAUAGCCGAACAAACUGGUGUGCGCUCUGUUUCUGUGAA